CCCUCCUCUGUUGCAAAGCAUUUUGGGAGAGAGGCCUCUUUCUUUCCGGCUUCGAGUGCUGUCUGGUAAGUCAUAAUGGGUGCCUACAAGUAUAUCCAAGAACUAUGGAGAAAGAAGCAAUCUGAUGUGAUGCGUUUCCUUCUGCGUGUCCGUUGCUGGCAAUAUCGUCAGUUAUCGGCACUUCAUCGAGCUCCUCGUCCAACCAGACCAGACAAAGCCCGCAGGCUGGGAUAUAAAGCUAAGCAAGGUUAUGUCAUCUAUCGCAUCCGAGUUCGUCGUGGUGGUCGUAAACGUCCAGUUCCUAAGGGUGCUACUUAUGGAAAGCCUGUGCAUCAUGGUGUGAACCAGUUAAAAUUUGCCCGGAGUCUGCAAUCCGUAGCAGAAGAGCGUGCUGGCCGACACUGUGGAGCUCUGAGAGUGCUGAAUUCUUACUGGGUGGGUGAGGAUUCCACAUACAAAUUCUUCGAGGUCAUUCUGAUUGAUCCAUUCCACAAAGCAAUCAGGCGCAAUCCAGAUACCCAAUGGAUCACCAAACCAGUUCACAAACACAGAGAGAUGCGUGGGCUGACCUCUGCUGGCAGGAAGAGCCGUGGCCUUGGCAAGGGCCACAAGUUCCAUCACACUAUUGGUGGAUCACGCCGUGCUGCCUGGAGACGACAUAACACUUUGCAGCUUCAUCGUUAUCGCUGAUCCUUUUUAUUUUAAAUUUAUCAUAAUAAAAAGCCAUCCAGUGGUUUUACAUUUCC